AGGAGCCAUAAUUUAUUCUAAAAAUAAUUUUUUUUAGCUUAAUGAGCAGAAAUGCGAAAUUGCUAGUAUCAGAUAUCGGAUCGAGAUUCGAACCUGGUCACUCUAUUUCAUCCAUCAACAAAAAAAAAAAAAAAACAAAACACACGCACAGACAAACAAACAGUGUGCAUCAUCUUCUUAAACCCUAAUAUUUGAAACUCUCAGCUGCAGACAGAACCUCUUCUCAAUGGCGUCCACCUCCAAGCUUCUCAAAUGGCGUCCAACUCUCCACCAACCUAUCUUCUCUUCCCGUCUCUCCACUUCCACUUCCAUCGCCGCCGAACCUCUCUCCGAACCAGACCAUUCCCCUCCCGAUCCACCACCUCAACAACAAUCCCAAACCUUCCAAUCGCAAUCAUCAUCAUCAUCAUCGCAAUCCUCCAAUCCUGAACUCAUAAUCACCCGCAUGCUCAAUAACCGUGACUGGACAACUCGUCUUCAAAACUCCAUCCGUUCAAUUGCUCCAAAAUUCGAUUCCAAUCUUGUUUACAAUAUUCUUCACGCCACCACAAACCCUGAUCAAGCCCUAAAUUUCUACCGAUGGCUCGAAAGGGUGAAUCUUUUUACACACGACACAAAUACCACUCUUAAAAUGAUUCAAAUUCUUACUCGUUACUCUAAACUUAAUCAUGCUCGUUGCAUUUUACUUGAUUUGCCCAAAAAGAAUUUGCCUUAUGAUGAAGAUAUGUUUGUUGCUUUAAUUGAAGGUUACGGUCGCGCUGGGAUUGUUCAGGAAGCUGUUAAGAUCUUUCAGAAAUUGGAUAGUAAUAACAAAACUGUUAAAUCUUAUGAUGCUUUGUUUAAGGUGAUUUUGAGGCGAGGACGGUACAUGAUGGCGAAAAGGCUUUACAAUGCUAUGUUGAGAGAAGGUAUUGAGCCGACUAGACAUACUUAUAAUAUUCUUCUUUGGGGUAUGUUUUUGUCUUUGAGAUUAGAUACUGCUGUUAGAUUUUAUCAAGAUAUGAAAAGUAAGGGUAUUGAGCCUGAUGUUGUUACUUAUAAUACUUUGAUUCAUGGUUAUUUUCGGUUUAAGAAAGUUGAUGAGGCUGAGAGUUUGUUUGCGGAAAUGAAAGAGAAGAAUUUGAUGCCUACUGUUAUUAGUUAUACUACUAUGUUGAAAGGGUGUGUUGAUGCGGGGAGGGUUGAUAGGGCGGUUGAGGUUUUUGAGGAGAUGAAGAAUAGUGGGAUUAAGCCGAAUGCUGUUACGUAUACUACUUUGUUGCCGGGGUUGUGUGAUGCUGAUAAAUUGGUGGAGGCUAGUAAUGUUUUGGGGGAGAUGGUGGCGAGGUAUAUUGCUCCUAAGGAUAAUUCGGUAUUCAUGAAGCUGAUGAACUGUCAGUGUGAAGCCGGUAAUUUGGAUGAUGCGGUGAAUGUGUUGAAGGCGAUGAUACGAUUGAGUAUUCCUACUGAGGCGGGUCAUUAUGGUCUGUUGAUUGAAAAUUUCUGUAAGGCUAAUGUGUAUGAUAGGGCGGAGAAAUUGUUGGAUAAGUUAGUUGAGAAGGAUAUCAUCUUGAGACCGGAGAAUUCCUUUGAAAUGGGUCCUAGUGCUUAUAAUCCGAUGAUUGAGUAUCUGUGUGACAAUGGGCGGACAGUGAAAGCGGAAACUUUUUUCCGGCAGUUGAUGAAAAAGGGUGUCCUGGAUUCAGUUGCUUUUAAUAAUUUGAUCCGUGGGCACUCGAAAGAAGGCAACCCUGAAUCUGCACUUGAGAUUGCAACUAUCAUGAGUAGGAGAGGGGUUCCUAGUGAUUCAGAUUCCUAUAGAUUACUUAUUGAAAGUUAUUUGCGGAAAGGAGAACCCGCUGAUGCUAAAAUAGCUUUGGACCACAUGCUUGAAGGUGGACAUCAACCAGAUUCGUCCCUUUAUAGGUCAGUUAUGGAGAGUUUGUUUGAAGAUGGCAGGGUCCAAACUGCAAGCAGAGUAAUGAAAAGUAUGGUGGAGAAGGGGGUGAUGGAGAAUAUGGACUUAGUUUCGAAGAUAUUGGAGGCGCUUUUCAUCAGAGGUCAUGUUGAAGAAGCUCUGGGAAGAAUUGAUUUGCUUAUGCAGAAUGGGUGCGAACCUGAUUUUGACCAUCUUCUAUCUAUUCUCUGUGAGAAAGAAAAGAGGAUUGCCGCUCUAAGAUUGCUAGAUUUUGUUCUUGAGAAAGACAUCAUCAUAGACUUUUCAAAUUAUGAUAAGGUUUUAGAUACUCUCUUAGCAGCAGGAAAGACCCUCAAUGCAUACUCUGUCUUAUGUAAAAUUCUGGCGAAAGGAGGUGCAACGGAUUGGAGCAGCCGUGAUUUGCUAAUCAAGAGCCUUAAUCAGGAAGGGAACACAAAGCAAGCAGAUAUCUUGUCGAGAAUGAUCAAAGAAAAAGUAGCAAGUCCUCCAAAGAAAGCAAGUAGAGCUACAUAAUUUGUUCUCUCUUCAUUUACUUCUCGAGUUUUAAAGGUGAGACUUAUUUAUGGGUUUUAGUUGUAAUAAGUUGUUAUAUGAGGAAGAGAAAUCAUGGAUUGGCCUCUAUUUAUAAUCAAAAGCGUUGAUUCCUUCCAGCUGAUCAGAGAUUUGUUUUGACACAUUCUUUUUUAUAUUUUAUUUAGUUAUUAUGUUAUUGUUAGUCUACUAUCAAGGUCUCCAGCUGUGUAACUUGUUUUUUAUAUUCUCCUGGAAUGACAUGUCAAUGAGAACUGUGAACUGAAAUCACACAUUUCUCAACUUUACAA